UCCCUCAGCAAACAAACCUCCAUCACUCCUCUUUCCCAUCUCCACCCCAUCUCUCUCUCUCUCUUUCUCUCUGUUUUUCAAUGUCUCUUGGUCUCUUCUCACCCCCACCUCUUCCUCCAACAUCCUCAGCUCACACACAAACACAACCUCGCAGCCUCUGCUCCUCACUCCAGAGGAGGUGGAGGAGGUGGAGGAGGAGGAGGCCUCAUCUCCUCUCAUGCCAAUCCUCCAACAAGAAGGAAACCAGCUUCACCGACCAGCUCCUCGACUACAUUGAAGGUGGGCCUAAAUUAAGGAGGUGGUAUGGUGCACCGGAUUUACUCCCAAAAGACGGAGGUCCUGAAUCUCAAGAGGAUGAGUCUUCAGAAAUUGAGGAAGUGCGAGAUGCUGUAUUAGUAACUGAUGGUGAAAGCGAAAUUGGGCAGAUGGUCAUACUGUUGUUGAUUCUUAAACGUGCUAGAAUAAAAGCAAUAGUGAAGGAUAAACUAGCUGCCAUCAAUGCCUUUGGAACUUAUGUUGAGUCAAUGGUGGGAGAUAUGAAUGAUAAAUCCUUCCUUAUGAAGGCUCUAAGAGGUGUUCGUGCAGUAAUUUGCGCUGCACAUGAUGGCUUCAUCUCUCAAGUAGCAGAUUUGGCAGGCGUGCAACAUAUUGUUCUUCUAUCUCAGUUGGCUGUAUAUAGAGGUAGCAGUGGACUCCAAGCUAUUAUGAACAGCAAGCAGAGAAAGUUGGCAGAGAGAGACGAAGAAGUGGUGAUUGCGUCAGGCAUACCAUAUACGAUAAUAAGAACAGGUUCGCUUCAAAAUACUCCCGGUGGCCAGCAAGGUUUUAGCUUCCAAGAGGGUGUAGCAGCAAAAGGAAGAAUCAGCAAAGAGGAUGCUGCUCUUAUCUGUGUGGAGGCACUUGAGGCAGUCCCGCCGAAGGGGCUGUUCUUUGAGGUGGUGAAUGGAGAGGAGAAGGUUUCAGACUGGAAAAUCUGGUUUGAAGAACUAAUCAAGAGGAGUGAAGAGAUAUAAUGACCAGCCAAAGAAAUGCUUCUCACUAUACAUCAAAAUGUUCUUGCUUGUGAUCUUUUUUUUGCUCUUUAUUUGCCUCGCAUGUUCUUUGCAACAGAACCAUGAGAUUACUGUGCGAGGCAACUGUGUAAAUUCAUGUUAAUUGGCUUUGCUGGUAGUUGAUGCAACAGGGUGUAAAAGCACUGUGAAAUCCUUUUAUUGUGGCUGUAAAAUAAAGAAUCAAAAGUGGAAAUUUUCAUCAAUUGAAUCUCUUGUAAUUGUUCCUGGUGGAA